UUUGCCUGCAAUAAGCUGUCUUCCAAAUCUCCCGCAGACAGACACUCUGUUUGUCUUUGUGAAAAGUGUCGCCUUCAGAUGCGCGAUGGAACAGGGAAAUCCUGUUGACUUCGGGAUUGACGACCCGGUACAUCAGAACCGCGAGAUCAGAAGAGCUUGCGAUGCUUGCAGAAAGAGAAAGAGGAAAUGUGACGGGCCUGUGAGGAGUCACGUCAAUGAUAGCAAAUGUGUUCACUGCUCUCGCUAUAAUCUCGACUGCACAUAUACCGACCAUGUGCCUACCCAAAAAGGUCCACCAAAAGGAUAUCUGGAGAUGGUCGAGCAGCGAUGCGGACGACUCGAACAGCUGCUAAAACAGGCAGUCCCAGACAUUGAUCUUGAUGAGUAUGUCGGCCCUCCGAUAGACCCAGAAACGUUCGAUAUCGUCGACUACAAAGUUCACAUGGCAUCUCUCAGCAUACCUCCAUAUCCCGCCGUCAAACCCCUAUCUCAAACGCCUCCCUAUACUGCAACAAAUCCCCUCCCUUCCGAUAUUCCUUCUCCCGAGAGCGAAUUCCCCCUGGACCAAGUCAUCACCAAUACCAAAGCCUCGUCUGCCCCCUCAGAUGUCGCCGACCCUGAGGAGCUCGUCCUCGUCAAGCACACGAGUCGCCUGCAAGUCGUCGACAGACAGUGGCGGUAUCACGGGAAACCGUCCCCCGUGUAUCUCGUUUUGCAGCUUCAAGAGCUCAGACGCCAGCUUGGUCUCAGCAACCUCUUCGAUGAGAUGAAUAACAGCAAGAGAGAUCGGAUUUGGGAGAUUCCUCAGUGGGAGAUUGAUAUGGCAGAAGAGGGCAUGUGUCCGAUAGAAUGGGCAGAGUGGCCGGAAGAGGGACUCGACAAACUUCUGAUCAACUCCUAUUUCGAUCAUGUCGCCGUGUACGUCCUGCUCUUGAAUCGGGUCAUCUUUGAAGGCCAAUACGACCGAGGGCUUUGGAGGACCAAUCGCGCAUAUGCCCAAGUAUGCUUGGCAGUUUUUGCAUGCGGCGCAAAGUUUGUCUCCGACCCAAGAGUCAAGAUGCCCGACGAUACAGGAGGCUACCACCCUUACUCUGCGGGUUGGAAAUAUAUGCGCGUCCUCUUGCGGACAGGCUACAACUUUCUCCAAUCACCGUCGCUCUACAGCCUGCAAAAGACUGUCCUCAUUUGUCAGUUCUUUCAAGGGAGCAGCACUGUCCCUCACACCCUCCCUGUCAUAUCCAGCCUCGGCCUGCGCUCUUCGGAAGAGCUCGGCAUACACGUCCGGCAACUCUUGCACCACGUCGACCCCGUGGAAAGAGAGCUCUACACAAGGGCUUUCUGGUGUCUGUACCAUAUCGACCGGUACAACUGUACCUUUGUGGGACGGUCCGUCGCCAUGAGGGAUUGUGAUUUCGAUAUCGAAUAUCCGAAAGACGUCGACGACGAGUAUUGGCAGCUGGGCUUCAAACAGUCUGAGGAAAAGGUCUCUCGUGUAGCUGUCUUUAUACAGACCUGCAAGCUGGACCGGAUCGUGGGUCGGAUCAUGCAGACGUUCUACACUGUCGAGUCUUCGUCUCAGCCUGUGGUAUCUCUGCGACGUGCUGCCGAUGAGCUCAGCGCAGAUCUGGACGUGUGGACUGAGGAGCUGCCUUCCGUAUUGCAUUGGGACAACGAACGAGGCGACUAUCGCAUCUUCCAGCAGGCGGCCGCUCUCCGCACAUACUUUCACUACUGCAAGAUCCUCAUAUACCGGCCAUUCAUCUCCAGCUCUGGUAACCAUACCAAGAACGACCCUCUCGAGACCUGUCUGUCGGCAUCCUAUUCCAUAUCCGACAUUCUCUCUGCCUGCCUCCAUCGCGGCCGUCGUGAAAGCUGUCAGCCGGGACACUCUCUCGAUAUAUCCUACAUCCUCCCCGUAUGGUGUUCUGGCAUGAUCAUUCUCGCCAGCUUACUGCACAAGACCCACUCGACAGACGAAUACGAGCAAGCGCUGUUUCAUGUCAAGGUCCUUCUAGCGGCGAGCAAGGAUAUCGAGGUGGUGUGGAGGCAAUGUGGAAAAGUGACGGACUUUCUCACGCAUCUUGUUAAGGAGGCGGGAGAAUGGAGAACUAUGGGGGGUGGCGAGGGUAUGGAAGGUGGGGAAGAUGAUAUGAGGGGUACGGUGAGGGCGACGUUAUCUUCGUUGUUCUCGCCUCCGCCACUCGAUCGACGGGCUCAAGACCGGGAUUCGUUCGGGUCUUGGAUGCGAUUCAGAAACUUUGAAACUCAUGUCAUGGGUAUGAGCAGUGACAGGCUGGAAGGGCAGUCUAGCGAGGCGAAUGCAGGGACGUUUGCGAGUGGUCAUUUGGGUCCCGAUCUCUUCAACUCUUGGGCGUAGCGGACUGUUUCCUCGGAUGGAUAAUGAUUCGGCUCAGAUUCCUCGGAUACUAUUGGAAGACGGGCUCAGCGACGCUUUACAAGCGGUGCCCACGCACGCCUGGCGACGGAGGGGGAGGCCUGAUAGUCUCAGCAUACGCAUCACAAAUGGGAUCACGUCAGACCCUCUAGAAUGAUUGUGAUCAUCACCAUACUGAGUGUCUUAGACUUAUGCAUAUUGUGCUGAUGCCAGAC